CUAUCUGACUGUCCGCCAAUCUCUACUGCGAUAUAUCUCGAUAGAAAUGUCACUCCCCUCAAUCGCACGGAGCAACUCUAAAUCAGCCAAGCUACCUCCAACCAGCCUCCCCCCUUCCUGAAUACUGGUACUUGUAGUGUCUUUCUCACGUGUACUCGAGUACCACACAAUAUCACAAUAGCUCCAGCACCAUACAAGCAGCAGAGCGGUGCCCGAACCUCGAUCACACCACGGCAAGGCAUAGGGUAGGGGGUAUCCGAACACAUGGACGAAAAACCCGAGUGGCAAGUUCUUUAUGGGUAUCUGGGCGCCCGCACUAAAACUUCGGCUCGAAAUUUUAGGGCACGAUGCGCUCACCAGACAUAAUGAACCAGAACAUAAGGGAGAACAACUAGCACGGCACCAGUGCACGCCUGAGCGCCUAUGCUGAAUUCGGACUCAAAUGCUCUGGUUCGUUAUUGUGCCCAGCAGGUGCGCUUCAUACCGGAUACCUGCCUCUACCCAGCUCAGUACCGUUACACCGGCUCGGAACUCCGCUGCCUUCCCUGGCUGACAGACAUGAUAAUGCAGGAUAGCGGCAACGGGGGUCCGUAUUAUUGAAUAAACCCUGCCCACCUACCAGGACCAGGGCCAGCUCAAGGACGGCUCGGAGGGCGGGGUUAAGAGGUGGUUACCUGCUUGGGCUUGUGUCGCGAGGAGGGGGAUCCUGGUGCUGUGUGCGGGUCGGUUUUCGGAUGCCGGUAUUUGAUGGUGCAGGUGCGAGCACUGAACAAAGUGGAAUUAUGCUUGCCUGGCCAGCCCCGCGAAAGUAGGAUCCACAGGGCAGAGUCGUCUGCAUAGAGAGGGUAGAGUAGGAAAGUUUUCCUACUACGAUACUACCGUACUCUCCUCGACACUACCAGCUCAGGCCAUGCACACAUGAAUACGCGCCGAGGGCCUUCGGAUACCGUCCUCACUGGAAUAUACAAGUACCAGGUACGUGUGGCAGUCUAGCUUCCCUUCCCCCAUCCAUUAUCGCGCCAAUCGGAAUUUUGUGGCACAAGGGAAAUGAAAGGAUGAUUUGGAAUUGUAGCGGGUAGGGCUGUGGUCCCUAGCUGAUACAUGUGAUAAAUAAAAAAAAGACAAGGUGAGAACUUUGGAUAAGCGAUUAUUUCUGGUUGUUCCCAAUCUAUCCGACUUUCUAUCACACAAGCACCGUACGAGUACCGUAGAGUACUGUGCCUUGCGGGAUGUUUCAUUGAGAGACAUGAAAAGGGUGUAAACAUGUCUUGAGGGACGUUUUUGUCGAUGCGGUUCUUGGAAUACCGGUACCGACAGUCACGGACCUUCAGGAGUGCCCAAUUAGAUUGGUGGGGAGCGACGAAGCGCUACACCCGUCCAGGCAAGAAGUAUCCAAAAACACGAGUAGUGAGUUCGUAUGGGCGCUCAGAUCCGCACGGAAUUCUUGCCAUAGAGUGGGGUACGGUACCGCUAGAGUGUGAACUGAGGCAGGCAGGGAGGAGUGUAGUAUCAAGAAGUGAUGUUUAUUUCCUUCAAGCAGAUCGUAGCUAUUAUGACCGGCUGACCCGACUGGCCGCGCCCGGUGGACUGCCAUAGCCAGGAGGAAAGGUUCAGAGAAAUACCCGAGCACCGUUGAUUGCAGGGGUAUAUUUUUAACAUACCAUCGUGUACUGUACCAUCGGUAGGGGUGGAGGGAGUACGAGUACUCGAGUAAAGAUGGACCCCGCGCCCCAAACUCAGACCCCACUGGCAUCGUUCAGUACCAUAGUCCAAAAUUAUAUCCGGAUUUUCUGUAGCCCCGGUUCAAAUUUCCCUCAGCUGUUUCAAAGGCUUUUUUCUUGGUUCUUCCCA